AUGGAAGCUCUUGUAUUAAACAAACCAAUCGUGAUCCUAGGUGAUCUAAAUUGUGAUGGAUUAAAGGAAAAUUGUGUAGAAUAUAAAAUUAUGGAUAGAUUUUUAAAUGAAAUGAACCUCACUCAACUUAUUAAAUCGCCAACGAGGAUCACUGAUGCAACUCAAUCAUUGCUAGAUGUUAUCCUAGUGUCGUCGAAGUCAAUUGUGUACCGAAGUGGAGUAUUGCUUACAUCAAUCAGUGACCAUCUACUUGUGUACGCUGAACUUAAGAUUAAGUCUCCUAAGCAACCUUCGCAAUACAUUACAGCACGUAGCUUUAAAAAUUAUGUACCGAAUUAUUUUGCAGCUGAUCUUGCGGACAAAUCAGAUUGUCUCCUAUCUAUUUUUGACGGCGACGAUGUAAAUGCUAAACUAAACAUUCUUAACCAUGCGAUCCAGUCUACACUAGACGUUCAUGCUCCAAUUAAAACAAUUAAGAUCCGUAACCGACCAUGCCCAUUUAUUACCCAAGACCUCAGAAACCUUAUGAAAGAGAGAGAUCGAUUACAUCAACGAUUUCUACGUACGCGGGAUAUUAUAGACUGGGUAAAUUAUAAGAGCUACCGGAAUAAUGUGAAGAGAGAUCUUAAGAAGGCGGAGAAUGAGUAUAACUCUAAUGAAGUACGGCAACAUAAAGAUAAUCCGGGGGCUCUAUGGAAAAUAGUAAACCGUCUUAUACCAUCAAAAGGAAAAGAAAGACAAAUCUAUAAAGGAGACCAUAAAUCUCUUGCAAAUGAUUUCAAUCAGUUUUUUUCAUCGGUUGGUGAAAAUGCAGCAAGGGCGGCUUCUCAUCUAGCAGAUACUAACAACAUCAAUCUACGAGAAUCAAUCGAAUCAGUCGUUAUAACUGAAAUCGACCAAUUUAAGUUUAGAGCCGUAACUUGCCACGAAGUACGUAGAGUAGUUUUAUCGUUACCUCUCAAUAAAUCAUCUGGUCCGGAUAAGAUUAACCCACGGAUCAUAAAGGACUGUCUUCCGGUCAUUUUGGGUCCUUUAACGGAAAUUAUAAAUUGUUCCCUUCGUACUUCUACUUUUCUUCUGGCAUGGAAAAAGGCAGAACUUAUUCCUAUUCAUAAAGAAGGUGACCACGAGGUACCCUCAAAUAAUCGACCAGUUUCCCUUCUUGUAGUCGCAUCUAAAAUCUGUGAAAGAUUAGCUCUUGAGCAAUUUAGCUGUUACCUAACAAGCAACAACCGACUAUCCUCCCACCAAAGUGGAAAUAAAAAACUUCACUCGACAGAGACAUUAAACGUUUUUAUCACUGACACCAUCUUAAAGGCCAUGGAUAAAAAGAAACUCUCAGCUUUAGUGUUGCUUGAUCUCUCAAAAGCAUUUGACAGUAUAAACCAUCAGAGACUACUUCAUAAACUAUCAAAUGUCGGAGCAUCCAAAUCAACAGUAAACUUGUUCAGAAGCUACUUAACAGACCGUUUCCAAUCAACCCGUAUUAACUCUACGUUAUCAGAUCCAUUACCGAUAACUUAUGGUGUACCUCAAGGGGCCAUUUUAUCGCCAUUGCUCUUUUGUAUAUACCUUAACGAUCUACCCUGUGCAUCUUACAAUGGUGAUCUUGAAUCAUACGUUGAUGAUACGAAAACUUUGUUAUCGUUUCCUUUAACGGAAGCUGACACUGGAAUUAAAAAUCUGGAAGAAGACCUACAUAAAAUUGCGUCUUGGUGCUGUGAAAACAAUCUUUUGGUGAAUCCAGAUAAAACAAAAUUCAUGAUCAUUGGAACCAGGCAGCUGAUGACGAACUUGAUGUCAAUAUUUCGAUCUCUUUUAUGGGGAAGAUUCUAG